AUGUCCCCCGUUCCGCGCAAGCGCCUUCCGCUGGUCGCAGCGGCUCAGGCGCAGCACACUGAUGUCAGCUCCGAUCUGGCGGAACCAUCCCCACCAGGCGCAAGCGGCGCAGAGAGCGCGGAAUCCGCCGGGGGGAGAAGUAACUCGUUGGCGGAAUUCCCCCCGCUGACAUGGCCCAUGCGGAGCCACCUAUGCGGGGAGCUGCGCGCGGCGGACGAGGGCGCGCGCGUGCAGCUGUGCGGAUGGGUGGGCGCGCAGAGGGGGCUGGGCGGAGUGAUCUUCAUCAGCCUGCGGGACCACUCGGGCAUCGUGCAGGUUAAGUCAGACCCAGAGCAUCACCCGGAGGCGCAUGCAGCGGCGCAGCGCGUGCGCAUGGAAUAUGUGGUGCGCGUGGCAGGGGAGGUGCGCAGGCGGCCAGCAGACAUGGUCAAUGGGAAGAUGGCCACGGGCGAAAUAGAGGUCAUAGCAUCGGAGGUGGAGGUGCUGAAUGCGGUGCGCGUGGCGCUGCCCUUCUCGCUGACGUCAGCAGAGGGUGCUGACAACAUCAAGGAGGAGGUGCGCCUGCGGUGA